GUCCGCGUCGUGGUAUACACGUGCUGGUGACGUGACAAGCCGACAUGUUCCCUGUCGACGAUGAUGGAACACCGAAAGCUCUCCCAGCAGCCAAGCUUUUCACCUGCCAGAGCUCCUCGACUUGGUGAGCUGAGCAGUCCUCUUCACCCAAAGCCAGCCACUCCUCACCACCGCCAUCACUCUCCACUCCACCCUCUCCGACCCCAGAGCUGUGCGAGCAGCUGAGCACUGUACACACGGACCCCAUCAACCCAGUCGCGAGAUAUAUCACACCACCAUGUUCCGCACGGGCGCGUCGCGGUCCAUCCUGCGAAGCUUCAAUGCCGCAACUCAGCCGACCUUUCGCGCCAACGUCAAUGCUCGCCUGCAGACCACAAUCACCUCGCAACUAUGCACACUUGCCAGGAGACCACAAACAGCGGCGGCUGUGAGGCCAUUGGCUCUGCAGUUCGCUCGCGGUGCUGCCAGCAAGGACGGCCCGCCAAUGGACAAGAUUGAUACGAAGCAUGAGAAGGAGUUGGCCAAGCAUGUUCUCGAAGCCGACCCAGAGAGAGUGUCGAUGGACUCAUCUGUCCACCCUGUAUUUGGAGAGGUCGCUGCGCCCGCAGAAAAGAAGGAGGAGGACAAGAUGAUGGCUGGUGUGAACCAGGAUAUCCAAACCAUCAAGGACACCUUCGACAUGUCUGAAGUCCCUAAGCCAGCCCUCUACAUCGGUCUGGCUGGUGUCCUCCCCUAUGUUGCAACCUCGCUCAGCACAGUCUUCUGCGCAUACGAAAUCCACGCCGCUCACGAGUCUGGAUCAGGACUCAUCUUGAGCGAGAAGACAGCCGAGCUUAUGUUGCACGUCCUCGAGCCACUGCAGAUCGGAUAUGGCGCUACUAUCAUCUCCUUCCUCGGAGCCAUCCACUGGGGCCUCGAAUGGGCCAAGUUCGGCGGUGAGGCAGGCUGGUCCCGCUACUCCAUCGGUGUCAUUGGCACCGCUCUCGCCUGGCCUACCAUCCUCCUUCCCGUCGAAUACGCUCUGAUCUCGCAAUUCCUCAUCUUCAACUACAUGUACUACAAGGACUCCCGCGCAUGCCGAGCUGGCUGGGCACCGGCGUGGUAUGGUGUCUACCGUUUCGCCCUCACUUUCAUCGUCGGCGCAGCCAUUGUCCUGUCUCUCAUUGGACGUGGCCAAGUCUCCGACCGCAUUGGACGUCUUCCAGGUCCAGCUGACCGCGUCAAGCAAUUGAGGGAUCACCAGGCAGCUGAGGCCGAGAACGAGGAGGAGCAGCGAAGGAAGUACCUCGCAUCGAAGGAUGAGGAGGAUGACGAGUAAGCGAAGGGAAAUAUUGGUUCUGAACGACGAGCUGGAGAUGCAUGUGGGUGAGGUACUUUGGUGAAGCGGCAACCGAAGCAAAAAAAGUAUGAAGGAGAACAGGGCGUAAAGUCCUGUUGUGUGUAUAUGAGUGACGUUUCCCUAAUCCAGAGGCAGUCAUGAAAGUGUACAAUUACAUGCUCAUAAACCGGCUUGCUGGUAUCAACGCUUCUUUGCUGUCGGCACAAUGCGGACAUUGCAUGCAUCAGCAAGGCGACUCCUCUGAAUCAACAUCGGGAUCCAACAGGAACCAUGAAGCACGAAUCCCUGCGAAAGGACCUAAUUCAUCCUGUAUGCAAAGCACGGUAUAGGGCAAAGCAUCGGACUUUGCAUGGAAUAUAGCUCCUUCCUCCUUUCACACAAAGCGGCC